AAAUAUAUGUAUAAUAUAUCAAAGUUACUGUAUAAUUUGAUUUGCUACAGAAUAUUCCACAAAUAUUGUAUAGUUAAUACAAAUUAUAAAUUGUGACUAAUCAAUUAAAUUUAUCACACUUCAUUUCUCGCAACAAGAUGAGUAAUACAUUAUCUGGUAAACGUACUUAUCAGAUAUAUUAUCAGGAUUGGUUAUAGUAGUUGCACCUUUUGCUCUGACUGAAUAAGCAACCAUUGAUACCUAGUCUGAAUGUGAAAUUAAAUCGCGAAUAAUAAAAUUACGAAUCAUAAUGUUUAAUUACUGUAAUAUCAUUAUGUUAUUGCUUUUAAUCAUGUGCAACAAAUGUUUGUGUGACAUAUGCAAAACCUGUAUAUGUUCUGCCUUAAGAACAAUUAUUGAUUGCCAUGACAAACACCUAGGAGUCAAUGAUGUCUUUAAUUUCGAUCUUCUUACUCUUGACCAGCAUCAACCAUUAAACAAACUUAUUCUUUCAAAAAAUAACAUAGUACUUUUACCUAUAAACGAACUAAAAAAUCUGAAACAUUUAAAAAAAUUAGAUCUGUCUCAGAAUCAGUUGGAUAAUAUACAUUCAGAUAUCUUCAAGAAUCUAAACGAUCUCGAAGACUUAAAUUACUCCCAUAAUCUAUUAUGGGGCUUCGAUAUUUCCAUCCUAAACAUAGACUCUUCUCUUUCCAAAUUUAAUUUAAGUCAUAAUCGGAUCAAUAGCUUGGAGAGAAGCUCAGAAAACACAACAACCAAAUUGAAAGUUCUCGAUGUGUCUCACAACAAUCUUACUAAUCUGAAUUUUCUUGAUGGGUUACCGCAACUGAAAUAUUUGGAUCUCUCCUUCAAUAAAUUGACUAUUCUCCCAACCAAGUCACUGUUCCGCCUGCAGCAUUUGAAGAUUCUUUACAUUAACAACAAUCAUCUUCUCGAUUUAAAUCUCCAAAAUCUACCAUUGUCACUGCUGGAACUUUAUGCAGGAAACAAUUUUAUUAACCACUUAUUACUACAAAAAUCAUCAAUUCGUAUUUUAAACAUUCAAAAUAAUCGCAUUUCUGAUAUAUCUAAAAAUUUAACAUUAUUGGAAGGAUUAAAAGAUCUAAAUAUUAAUGGAAAUUCUUUGUCAAGAUUUCCAGAUGUUUUUCUGAAAGAUUUGGAAAUACUGGAUUUAUCCUUUAACAAUCUAACAAUGAUUCCAGAAACGGUUUCUAUUAAGAAUUUUCCAAAUUUAAGAAUUUUAAAAGUUAAUGAAAAUCGUCUAAAAGAUAUAAAAAUCCGGUCUGAAUUGAGAUUGGAAAGGCUUGAAGUAAAUAUUGUGGAGACGAUUGAAGAGAUUAGUAAAGAAGCAUUUCUAAUGCUACGGGAGAGAGAGAAUGAUUGUAUUAACAUAACUAUUUCGAGUAAUAAGAAGUUGAGUACAAUCGAGAAAAAUGUUUUUCAGCAUAUGAACAUUUGUUUUCUAGAUUUGAGCAAUAAUUGUUUUGCUCAUUUGCCGUCAGAAUUAUUUGAUGUAAAUAUGAAUUAUCUCAUUAAUCUGCAAGGUAAUCCAUUUAUUUGCAAUUGCUCAUUGCAAUGGAUGUUAAAUAUAUUAGUCCCAAAACUUUACUUGAUGAAGCCUAGUCUGUUAGAAGAUUUAAGAUGUGCUGGUCCAUCUCCAUUAACUAAUAAAAGAAUGAUUCAUUGGUAUAAAUGGAAGGGAAAAGUUUUUUGCGAUGACUUUUCCCAUUUCGCAGAAAGAAUGACUGUUAAUAUUGCAAGUAUCUCUGACAAACAGGUCGUGACAUUCGAAACCAGUCCCGGAAUGAUAGCUGCUCUGGCCACGGCGAUCGCCCUGCUUGCAAUUCUAACGAUAAUCGGCAUUCUGCUGACUCAAAGAAUGAUCGCGAAAAAAAGACGAAUUAAUCGUAAAUUUUAGUAAAUAGAUAAGGUAUCGACUCAAUCGUAGAUUUGCAGAUAGAAUAAAUCAUGUAAAUUGUGACAACUCAAUAAUUCAGUAACCAAUUGAAAUAUCGAAAAAACCCGCUGAUGAUAAGAUCAAAGAUAAGAAAAAAUGCACAUUAUUUGUGUGAUGUACAUUAUAUACAUAUCUUUU